AUGGGUCUCAUUCCACGUAUCAUACCACGGCAGCAAGACAACUCCGAUCGCCAGAGUUCUCUCGCUGAAUUGGCUGGUUUUACAUCAGAUGCGGUUGCUGUUGCUAUACAGGCUGGACAGGUGGUAGAUGCCUUGGAGCUCCUUGAACAGGGCCAAGAAAAGUCGCAUCCAGAACAUGCAGCCGAAUUCGAACGUCUUCGAAAGGAGAUCAAUCGCCCAGUUGACCCUGAUAUUUCUGCCACACAAAGUACUGGACUGAGAGAAGCACUGGCGCUGCGCCUCUAUGACGCAGGAAAGGAGUUUGAUGAAUUAGUUGAAAAGAUUCGCAAAUUACCGAACUUCGAUACCUUUUUACAGGCACCGGGACUUGACGAAAUGCAGGACAUAACAGAUCGAGGACCGAUUAUUAUCAUCAACAUCAGCAUUAUAUGUUGUGAUGCUAUUGUCAUCAUGCCUGACUGUAUUCAGAUCAUACCGAUAGACGGCUUGAGCCGAGCCGACAUCGAAGAGAAAGUCUUGAACGGAGACAGAGGUAGUCCUGAUGUCUUUGAAUAG